CAUAAAUAAUCGAUGCCUCGAUUCAUGCAUCGAUAGGUGCCAACGAUGUUUCUCACCUCUAUCUUGGCCACCUUAACUUUACUAACUAAACUUGCGGCCAUUAAAUAAAUUUUAGAUAUCUCAAAAAUGUUCAAAAAAUUCGAGGAAAAAGACAGUAUCUCGUCGAUACAACAGCUAAAAUCGUCAGUACAGAAAGGCAUACGUGCGAAAUUAUUGGAGGCAUAUCCAAAGCUGGAAACUCACAUUGAUUUGAUACUACCCAAGAAGGAUUCAUAUCGCAUUGCAAAAUGUCACGAUCACAUUGAAUUGCUGCUAAAUGGAACCGGCGAACAGGUCUUCUUCAGGCAUCGUGACGGUCCAUGGAUGCCCACGUUGCGUCUGCUGCACAAAUUCCCCUAUUUUGUGACUAUGCAGCAGGUGGACAAGGGUGCCAUACGCUUCGUCCUCAGUGGCGCCAAUGUCAUGUGCCCGGGCUUAACAUCGCCGGGCGCCUGCAUGACAACGGCGGAUAAGGGCACCGUGGUUGCCAUUAUGGCCGAGGGCAAGGAGCAUGCGCUAGCGAUUGGUCUACUCACAUUAUCCACAGAUGAUAUUUUGAAGGUGAACAAAGGCAUUGGCAUUGAAACGUAUCAUUUUCUCAACGAUGGCUUGUGGAAAUCGAAGCCAGUCAAGUAGACGAGGGAGUCGAAGUCAAAUUCGAAGCCUAUGUCGAAGCAGCACUCACCAUGCACAUUCGUCCUACAUACAACAGAAGAAGAAGAAAGAAAACAAAAACGUCUUCGUCAUUGUCAUGAGAGCAAAGAAUGGUUUUGAUAUGCAAUUCUAUAAUUUGUGUUGAAAUGUUUUUUUUUUUCUUUAAAUUUAAUGCGCAACUUAAGCUAUUUUAAAUUAAUUCGAAAUACAUUUAAAUAAUGGCAUUUGAGAGCAAACCCACUAGUGUUGCCAUUUUGGUGAUUUUCACGUCAAAUCUGGCCAUUUUGAAGAUAUUCAAGGUGCUUUUUAUUUUAUUUGCUUUCCUUGUUUUUUCGAUUUUUGAUUUUUGCUUAAAAUGGUAUCAGAUAAUUUAUAAUAGUAAUAGUGAAAUUAAAUUUUUUAGCUUUGCAAAUGGCAUUUAAACGAGUCUCAAAAAUGCAAUUGGUUUAAAAAUAAAUUUGACCAGUUGAGCAGAGAGUGAAACAGUUGGCAGCACUGGUCGCAACAUGCGCACAUUCAAUUGCAUUGUUGCACCAACCACCUGUGGGAAAUGACGAGUGUCCAAUUGGAAAAGUCGAGCUUCUUAGUUUGUUUAUUGGUCGGCCGAAGUAUUGUAUUUUUUACACAGUAGAAGUGCAUAAAUUUUUUUUUUAAUUUAAAUAUUUAAAAAUUCUUCACUUGUCGAAUUUAAUGUUUUUAGGCUUACCAUUGAUUUUCCAACAGAUGUUUUGAACAGAUUCCACGACCUGUGGCUGUUGCGUGACGUCACAAUUGUAAUUACCAUUAUGAUCUUGUCUUAAUAGUCAUGCAAUUCAAAAUGACGUUCAAAAAAUAAGUUAAAUUAUAAAAAGGUAAUUAAUGUCAUUUUCAUUAAUGCUUUGCAUACUUUGCGUGACAAAAUAAAACAUAAUAUUUGUGACGUAUGGUAUUCGAGGGGACGCCAUUUUGGAUUUCAACCUUUUUUUUUGCUUGCGAGCGCGCGCAAAUUGAGUUUUGACGCAUGCGCGAUGUGGAGCAAAUUACGGUUCAUUUGCAUGUGCGUUAGACCCAUGUGUGUGUGUAUGUAUGCAUGCACAUACAUAUAUUGUACGUCAGCAGACUGCGUUGAAGAAAAGUGUGUUUUCAGUUUCAGUUGCUGCCAGCAUUUGUCGCACACAGCGCGCGCAUCCAACGAGAAAAUUGCAACCGUUAUUCGUAAGGACAAAAUAAAGGCAUACGGCAAAAAAAAAAAAAAAA